AUGCCGAGCUGGAAAGCCAUCCUCUUCAGGCAUCUCCUGAUCUGGACCUACAAGCCCUUCCAGAGAACUCCAGCCUCGUUCCACGCGCACAUCCAAAAGGAGCGCAAGGCAAAUCCUUGCGAGCCCAGCGACAAGGUCAGCGCGCAGCUCACCAUCGAAGAGACCGAGUCCGGCGGCUGCCGCGUCUUCCACGCGACGCCCAAUGACGACGGGCCCAUCGAGGCCCGCGUGCUCUACAUCCACGGCGGCUCCUUCAUCUUCGACCUCAGCCCUCUGCACUGGGACUUCAUCGUGAUCCUAGCGACGAAGCUUCGCGCCCGCGUCACCGUCCCGCUGUAUCCGCUCGCGCCGGAGCACAAGCUGGUGGCCAUGUACGACAUGCUACAGCCGCUGUACGAUGAAAUGGCCGCCGCAAAGGACGGCACGCCAUUCUGGUGCAUGGGCGACUCGGCCGGCGGGACGUUUACGCUGGGCCUCACCCAGCGUGCCCUGGACGCCGGCAAGCCCAUGGCCGAUCGUCUCGUGCCCAUUUCGCCCUGCGUCGACGGCACCAUGAUGAACCCGGACCUCUUCGUCGUGGGCAUCGAGAAGGAUCCGAUGCUCUCGCUGACUGGUGUUGCGAUUAGCCGGACGCUGUUCCUGGGGGACCUGAAGCCGGAAGAUCCGCUCAUCACCACCAUCAACGGCACCAUCAAGGGUCUACCGCCUAUGUUUGUGCCGCUGGGCACUGACGACUUACUGUCCCCGGAUGCGCAGCUCUUUGUUCAAAAGGCAAAGGACAACGGCUGCGACGUGACGUCGAUCCUGGGCGAGGGCUUGUUCCACGUCUGGUUCAUAUUCCCACUCUCGGAGGCUACAGAGGCACAGCGACAAUUGUUCGAUUGGCUGAGGUCUCCCAGGCCAAGUGGUGGGCAGUAA